AUUUUCUACAGAAUAUUUUGCGAAUUAUGCUGUUUACAAACUUUAUAUUUUCAUAUUCAAUCUUAUGGAUUUAGUUAGUAUUAUAACAACUGUCAAAAAUGGUGAAAAAUUUGUUGAAAAGUACUCUCAUAGUAUUCUUAAUCAAGAUUAUAAUGAUGUCUUAGAAUUAUCAGUAUACGAUGACGGAUCUACAGAUAAUACAUUUGAAAGACUUUUAGCUUAUAAAGCAAAGUUUGAAAAACGAAAUAUCAAACUAAUUAUAAAAAGAGGAACUCGCGGAAUUAGUAAAGGAGGUAUAUGAUUAUCCUAGACCCUAUAUCAAAUAUCGUUAUAUUUCAUCUCUUUCCAGUUGGAUAUGGUAAAAAUAGGGCUAUUAAAGCGUCAACAGGAAAAUUCCUCUGUUUUUUGGAUAUAGUAAGACAAUUAAACGUCUUGUAAUUAAAUAGUAAUAUUCAAUAUUUUAAGGAUGAUACAAUGGAACCUUCCCGUAUAACUAAACAAUUACAAUUAGCUAAGAACUAUCCAGACAGUUUAAUUGGUUGUCAAUUUAGAAGAGAACCGGAAAACUCUACACAAAGGUACACAAAAUGGGCAAAUCGAUUAAAUGAACAUCAGUUAAAUAUUCAAAUAUAUACUUCACACGGACCAACUAUUAUCAUGCCAACUUGGUUUUGUUCAAGACAAGUUUGGUCUAAAGUUGGAGGAUUUGACGAAAGUGGAAAAGGUUGCCCUGAAGACCUAUUAUUCUUCUACCAACAUAUCAGAUUAAAGGGUUUAAUUAAACGUGUAGAUGAAAUUUUACUUAAUUACAUCUACCAUCCAUCCGCAACAACUUUCUCGAUAGACAAAGAAACUAUUUGGAAGUAUAGAGUAUCCUUCUUAGAAGAAAGAGUUCUUAGAUUUUGGGAAAGUUUUACAAUUUGGAAUGCUGGCAAACAGGGACGAAAGCUUUAUAGAAGUCUUUCAAAAGAGAAUAAGAAAAAAGUGAUAGCAUUGUGUGAUGUUGAUAAGAAGAAAAUUGAUAAAUUUUCCUACAAUUCGCAAGAAGGUCCUAUACCAGUUAUUCAUUUUUCAAAAGCUGAAUCUCCAUUUGUUAUUUGUGUUAAAUUAGAUUUAACAAAUGGUUCUUUUGAACGCAAUUUAGAAUCUCUUAAUUUGAAAGAAAAUAUCGAUUAUGUUCAUUUUAAUUAAC